AUGUUUAGCCGACCAUGGUAUAGGGCAUCUCCGAUGUUAAGGGCUAACAUACUCACCAGAAUACAAAGCUUUGCAAGUACACACCCAACACCAACAGUCCGACGUUCAAAGACACUUCGACGAAUUGCGUUAGGAACAACCAUAAUAACUGCCAGCGGAGGAGCCAUUUACAUCAUUGAUAGGGAGUAUAAUUCGAGUCUCAUCGCUAGAACUGUUCGAGCUUUGUAUGUGCUUCUUUGGAUAGCUUAUGAAUACGGUUUCAAUAGUAGCAAAUAUCACGAUUUGAAUGAUUUACAUGAGGUUGCUAGUGAGAGAUUAUUACAGUUGUUGACAACAAAUAAAGGACUCUACAUCAAAUUAGGACAGGCAAUUGCCAAUCAAGGGACCUUGUUUCCAAAGGCGUAUCAGAAUAGAUUCCCACAAUUGUACGAUGAUGCACCAACAGAUUCAUGGGAUAAAGUUGAUGCAGUUUUACAAAAGAACUUAGGUGUUAAUUAUCAAGAGGAAUAUUUUGACUGGAUCAGCCAAGAACCCAUUGGAAGCGCCUCCAUAGCUCAAGUACAUAAAGCUAAAUUCAAUGGUAACUUAGGUGGCCAAGAAGUGGCAUUAAAGGUUCAACACCAUUACAUUAGUAACCAGGUUGUGGUUGACUUGUGGGUUUAUCAUUUUAUCUCGAAAGUGUAUGAAAAAGUAUUUGAUAUACCGUUGAGUAUGUUUAGCAAGUUCAUUUCUGAACAAUUGAGUACUGAGGUGGACUUUGUUCACGAGAUGCAGAAUGCAAGGAAAUUGCAAAUCUUGAUUGAUGGUGAUCCUGAAUUAAAGAAUAUGAAUUUGAGGAUUCCAAAAAACUAUCCUGAAUUAACUACUAAACAAGUGCUCCCAGCUGAAUGGAUUGACGGUGUUCCAUUGACUAAAAAGGAGGAACUACUUCAAAAGAGAUAUGACCUCACAUUAAUGAUGACACAGUAUAUUCAACUUUUUGGAAGACAGAUUUUCAAAUAUGGCUUUGUUCAUUCUGAUCCUCAUCCGGGAAAUUUGAUUGCACGAUUCAAUAAUAAAGGUAAGCAAGAACUUAUAUUACUUGAUCACGGGCUAUACACAACCCUUCCAGAAAAAUUUAGAUUGCAGUAUAGCAAACUUUGGAAAGACUUGUUUUUACUCAACACCAAUGGAAUAGAAGAAAUAGCCCUCGAUUGGGGGAUAGCAUCUCCUGAUAUUUUUGCGACAUUAGUACAGCUACGUCCAGUGAACAUGAAUUCUCAGAACCUGAAUGAGAAAGACACUCGUGAUAUCUCUGAUUUAUUUAAAGAUUUCAUUGGUGACAGACUGAAGUUUCCUAAAGAAUUGACGUUUAUAACAAGGACCAUGAGGAUGAUCCAAAGUCUUAAUCGAGACUAUGGAUCACCAGUUAAUCGAAUAAAUUUAUUAACUAAUGAAGCAAUAGCGGCGAUAUCUUUCGAAAGAAAUAUUUCGUGGUCUGAUUACUGGGAUGUUUUUAGGAUCAAGUUGAGUAUGAUCUUUUCUGGUUUAAUUUUCAGAUUGAUUAGAUUUAGACAAUGGGUGUUUGGGAGCACAAAUGAAAAGAAUCAGGGGUUAGAGGAUUACAUUGAGAUGUAUAUGGAGAACACGGCAAAGUCAUUAGGUGUAGAAUGGAUGUAG